UUUUUCCUCAAAAGUGUGGGUGUUUUUCAUGAAAGUAUAUACGCCCCAUAUAUAAAUAAGCAUUUUUAAAGGACUUGAUGUGCGGUUGCUGCUGCUGCGCCAUUUUCUCUGUUCUGCUUGACAGUCGCGAAACUACGUCAACAUGCCGAAAAAACGCCGGUUUGGAAAGCUGAUUGAUCUCCUGGAUGAAGUUGAUGAGAGUGGCGAGAGUCCGGCCACUGUCUUCCUGUGUCCUCCUAACGUGCGUGAGGACAGCGACGCCGACUCGGGAGACGAGGACGGAGGCGGUACCAUCGACAACCUCAACCGCAACCUGCUGCAAGCAGAUGCUGAACUCGUCGGCCAAGAGGACGGUUCUGACGACGAAGCUGCUGAAUCGGUCGCCCCAACCAGCCACAGGUGGGGCAAACGAGAGGUCGCUUCAUUUCUGAAGGAGCGAGAGGAAGCUUGCCCAUACCCACAGGUGAACUUUUCGAACAAGACACCCGUUGAAGUACUGAGCUUCUUCUUGGAUGACGAGUUCUAUGCGCAACUCCUUCAGGAGACACGCCGAUAUAUCCAGUGGAGAGGGAAGAAUGUCCAGGAGCCCUCCAUCGCCGAGCUGAAGGCUGUCAUGGCGAUCCUGUACUUCUCGGGAUACCACAACGUGCCGAACCGCCGGGCCUUCUGGUCGACAGACCCUGACCUGCACGUGGAAUUCGUCUCCCGGAUCAUCUCGAGGAACCGCUUUGACGACAUCCUUUCGGUCCUCCACUUCGCUGACAACCAGCGUCUCGACCCCAGUGACAAGAUGGCCAAGCUGCGACCUCUCUUCAACAGCAUGCAAGACAAGUUCUUGCGAGCUUUUCAGAGACCGCCAUCUUCCACAGAACUGGACGUGGAUGAGAGCAUGAUUCCCUACUAUGGCCGUCACGGGUGCAAACAGUUCCUGAGAGGGAAGCCCAUACGGUUUGGGUUCAAGGCGUGGUGCCUUAACAGCCCAGAUGGGUAUCUACUGACCUUCGAAGUGUACCAAGGUGCCAGCGGAACUGCUCAGCGUCCAGACUAUGAGGCCGCCUUCGGGAAAUGUGGAUCAGCAGUGAAGAUCCUCAUAGACAGAAUGCCGAAGGAGAUGCGCAUGGACGCACUGCACAUCUUUACGGACAACCUCUUCACCAGCCUUCCUCUGAUGAUGGCGCUGAAGGAGGAGGGAAUCGGGCACACGGGAACCAUCCGCCAGAACCGCCUCCGAGGAUGUCCGCUGAGCUCGGUGGCAGCGAUGAAGAAGGCUCCCAGGGGAGACACCUCUGUCGCCGUGGAAACGAAGCAGGGCAUCAACCUCGUCAGGUGGAAGGAUAACAGCGUGGUGACCGUAGCAUCUACGGUAAGCUCGUCCCGAACUGUGGCUGAAGUUCAAAGAUGGUCGCGACGAGAGAAGAAGAGGAUCAAGGUAGCUCAGCCACAGAUGAUUCAGGACUACAACUGCGCCAUGGGCGGUACCGACCGCAUGGACCAGAACAUCGGCGCGUACCGCAUCGCGAUCCGACAGAAGAAGUUCUGGUGGUGCAUCUUCUGCUGGCUUCUGGGGGCCGCGAUGCAGAACGCCUGGCUGCUCUACCGUCAGCAUCAUCCAGGCGAGAAUCAGAUCAACUUCAUCCGAGCCAUCGUCCGGUAUCACCUGGCAGAGACGACGAAGCCACCAUCUGGACGUCCAAGUUCCGCGUCGAGUCAGCAUCGCGUCCCAGCCAGCAUCCGCUACGAUGGUAUCAACCACCUGGUCGUUCCUCUUGCCAAGCAGGGAACGUGUGCAAACAAGGAGGGAAAGUGCAAGAGCCACCCGAAGACCGCCUGUCGCAAGUGCCAGGUGCCGCUGUGCGUGGCGUGCUUCGUGCCGUUCCAUGCGACCUGAGAGUAAGAACAUGCUGUACACCAUGGGGAAAUUUGGGCUAGUUGGGCCAACACUGUUGGAUACGGUGAGAUGGGUGAAAGUUUGCAAGCGCCGUCUAGAUCCCGGAGGGAUGUUUUGUUUUCAGCGUUUGCUGUAAGCUGUGUCACUGUCCAAUGCACUUCGAUGUUUGUGAGUCAGGUAGUGCAUUGACUCAUCAUCGUAAUUGAUUGUUGACCGCUGACACUAUCAAUCAUCACGAUCAUUCGCCUGAUCUCAUAAUAUGUUCACAUGUUGGUAGUGGCAAGUGCCUAUCAGCAUACACAUCUAAGAAUAUACAUUGGUUCUCAAAAGUUUCUUUUGAAUUGCGCUUUGUGGCAAUAUUUCGACUACCCAGGUGCCCAUAGCCAUAUAUUUAUUGACCCCCCUGGCGACAAAUUGGGGGGGAUAAAAAACAAGAAAAUCAUCCUAAGCUAAUACACUCGAUAAAGAAGCUAGUAUUUUGUGCAAAAAAGUUUGAAAUUUUGACUAAAAAUAAGUUGGGCACUAAUGGGUUAAUUUAUUGGGCGUGAAGGUAUCUAACAACCCGAAUAUUAACAUUUCAGAAAUAAAUUAUAAUGAGAAAUUUGUCAUAAUGAAGGAUAAACUAGCGCCAUGGAUAGGUCGCGGUCUUACUCCAUACGGGCGCGUUCACCUUUUGAAAACCGAAUUGAUAUCUCAGCUGGUUUAUGUUAUGACAGUGCUUCCAGCUCCUCCAAAACCAUUUAUAAAAGAAGUAGAAAAGCUCAUGUUCAAAUUCAUAUGGGGCGGAAAGAAAGAUAAAGUCAAACGUAUGACAUUAAAAAGUAAAUAUAAAGGUGGCGGUCUAAAGGUGCCAGACUUAGCACUUCAGGCACAGAGUUUAAAGGUUACCUGGAUAAAAAGACUCCUAGAUAAAAGCCACGAUGCUAAGUGGAAAGGCCUGGUGACCCCAAUGUUUUUUCUAAAUGACGACAUAGCGCUGUUUCAUUGCAAUACAAAUGCAAAGUACAUAAAAAACACGGUAAAGAAUACUUUUUGGGAGGAAACGUGCAUUGCAUGGAAUAACAUUAACGGAGCGAAUCUUAGUGCCACAGAUCAAUUGCAAAAUAGCAUAUUAUGGGCGAACAAAGAUUUGAACAUAGAAAGCAAUGCCAAUAUCAACAGAAAACAUCUAAUAGAAAAAGGUAUCAUUAGACUAGCAGAUAUAUGUAACUUACGAAAGAAAGAAUUGAUGACAGUCAAUGAAAUUUCACAAAAAUUUGGCGUGCACCCAAUGGUUUCAGCGGCAAUAAAAAACGCAGUGCCAACCGCUUGGAGCAAUAAAAUACGAAACCUUCAGAGAAGUGUCAAUACAACAUCUAUAGAACAGUUGCAAAAUUCAUCUAAACCAGCAAGAUGGGCAUACUCCAAGUUAUUAGAACAAGUAUUAGAUACUACUCGGGGUGAAAAAUCGCACACAAAGUGGGAAACAGAGCUUGAAGGUGGAAGGCGGCUGAAUUGGCCUGCUAUUUACGCACGAUUGCAUUACGCUGUUGAAGAUGUUAAUCUAAAAUGGUUUAAUUACAGAUGCAUAAAAAGAAUUUUACCAACAAACAAACUUCUUUUUACUUGUAACAUCAAAGACACGGAUCGAUGUACGUACUGUCACCAGGUGGAAACAAUUGGACAUUUAUUCUGGCAUUGCCACCGAGUAAGGGCUUUUUGGAGCAGUAUUGGUGAGUUAUUCAACGGGCGCAAUAUUACAUACAAAGCCGUAGUCACCGGUUUUGAGCACAACGAUUCCGCGGUCUGCAAGCGCAUCAAUACUAUUCUUUCAUUGGGAAAACAGUUUAUAUGGUAUAAGAGGGAAUGCAAUAGUCACUUAUCUGAGCCCACAUUCGUCACUUACCUGUACAACUAUCUUAAAGUAGAAAGGUAUGCUUAUAAAAUAAAUGAUCGAGAAACGCAAUUCAACGAUACCUGGGGCUCGUUGUUUUGCGCUUUAGCGGAGCGUGUAGAAAGGUAACCGCCUUAG